AUGGCGUUCUCGGGCGCCCGUACUGCCAAAGGAGAAUCCAUCAGGAUAGGCUUCUGUAUCUCCGCUCUGCUUGAUGGGAGCUCGUCACUGCGAUUCUUGAUAUGUGAUAAGCAUAACUGGAGUCUAGGAGGCCGUUUAACCCGAAGCUCAGCAUCGAGCAGGAUGUCGCCCCACAAAAGGCAGCUGCCGAUUAAAUGUGCUUGCUCCGGCACCAGCCCCGACUCUCCGACCCGGAAAUUGGACCUGAUAACACAACGAGGCGUGUUCCAGAACCAGUACGAGAUGUGCUCUCACAAGAACGCAAAUAUCACUAUCGGCGGUGCGGGAUUGGCAGGUCGGGCACGCUCAAUAUUGGCCGUCUGUGCCUCGCUAUUGAAUCAGGACACCCACGAUAUUGUUCUGGAAGUCUAUGAUAAUCAUGAUCGAUAUCUACCAUUCAGGCUUGAAGCCCAAUUGUCUUGGAUCAUAUGUUGCGAGGUCCCAAUGUAUACACAAUAUAUUCUUAAAUCCCUUGACUCAACGAAUAUCUCCAAUCAUGCCGUUUCUGGGCGAGUUGGCUGUGUGUCUAAAAUAGCGUUGCACGAUAAAGUUUGGCCCAUCUCCUCUCUGCCUAUCUCCGUGGCUGACACUGGCAGAAUCCUCGUAGCCUUGUUUUCCGAGUCAUUCAUACACAACGGCCACGACCCCACUACCAGUAGCUGCCACAUCAGCGCCCAUCGACACAAAUCGAACGUUCCGCUAGCCUGA